UUGAGCAGCGGCAGCGCGAAAACGACCAAGAUGGCGGACUGAGUGGCUCUUAUAGCCAUUAAAAAACACAUCGAAUAAAGCUCAAAAUACCUCAAGAGUGGUCUUUUCUAAAGCCCGCGAAACGGAAGUCGACUUUAUCACGAUGGAGUGUUACCUGAAGUGAAGAUUGAAGACGUGAUAGAAGAUGGACGACUACUGCUAUGCUAAGAUGGCGACGUCAUGUCAAAGAGAACAUGAAAGAGAAUCAGAAACUUGGAAAAAGACCACAUUUUCAGAGGAAGAUAUCCAGCAGCUGAUUGGUCAUCCAGAAGAACUGGCAGGAAUCAGCUCCACUUUGAAGCAGCCAACCCACAUUAAAAAAGAAGAGGAGGAACUCUGGAUCCCUCAGGAGGGAGAGGGUCUUCUAGGACCACAAGAGGUUGAUCUCACCAAGUUGCCACUGACUGUUGUCUCUGUGAAGACUGAAGAUGAUGAAGAGAAACCACAAGUAGACAACCUCUUAGCUCCACUAUCAGAUAGUGAGGCUGAAGACGAGGUUGAAGUGACUUUGAGCAGCGAUACAGACUGUGAAGGUGAUAUGAGGACUCACACUGACAACAAACACUCUAAAUGUUCUUCAAAGAAGAGAGGUAACAAAUGUUUGAGCUGCUCAGUUUGUGCUAAAAGCUUUAGUCAAAAAAGCAAUUUGACUCAACACAUGAGAACACACACAGGAGAAAAAACAUUCAAUUGUUCAGUUUGCGGUAAAAACUUUUUUUAUAAGAGCAAUUUGUCUCAGCACAUGAGAACACACAACGGGCAAAAACCUUUUAAUUGUUCUGUUUGUGGCAAAAGUUUUUCUCAUACGAAAAGUUUGACUCGGCACAAGAGCACACACACGGGAGAAAAACCAUUUCAUUGUUCGGUUUGCGGUAAAAACUUUUCCCAAACCACUUACUUGACCCUACACAUGAGGACACACACAGGGAAAAAGCCAUUUAAUUGCUCACUUUGCGGUAAAAACUUUUCUCAAAAGAGCAGCUUGACGCUACACACGAGAACGCACACAGGGGAAAAACCCUUUAAUUGCUCCGUUUGCGGUAAAAGCUUUUCUCAAAAGAGGAGUUUGAAUCGACACGAUCGAACACACACGAGGAAAAACAUUUAAUUGUUCAGUUUGUGGUUGUAAAGCCUUCCCAAAUGAGCAAUUUUGACAACAUGCAUAGGAGAAAAACCAAAUAAUUGUUCGGUUUGUGGUAAAAAAUGUUCCCAAAACACUUACUUGACCCUACACAUGAGAACACACACAGGGACAAAGCCAUUUAAUUGCUCACUUUGCGGUAAAAACUUUUCUCAAAAGAGCAGUUUGACGCUACACACGAGAACACACACAGGGGAAAAACCCUUUAAUUGCUCCGUUUGUGCUAAAAGCUUUUCUCAACAGAGGAGUUUGAAUCGACACGAGAGAACACACACGAGGAAAAACAUUUAAUUGUUCAGUUUGUGGUUGUAAAGCCUUCCCAAAUGAGCAAUUUUGACAACAUGCAUAGGAGAAAAACCAUUUAAUUGUUCGGUUUGCGGUAAAAACUUUUCCCAAAACACUUACUUGACCCUACACAUGAGAACACACACAGGGAAAAAGCCAUUUAAUUGCUCACUUUGCGGUAAAAACUUUUCUCAAAAGAGCAGCUUGACGCUACACACGAGAACGCACACAGGGGAAAAACCCUUUAAUUGCUCCGUUUGCGGUAAAAGCUUUUCUCAAAAGAGGAGUUUGAAUCGACACGAUCGAACACACACGAGGAAAAACAUUUAA